AUGGCAGCUUAUGGCGGCCUUGUGACCGUCCUGCGGGCGCUGCUCAGCUGCCGGCUCCCGCUGGACCUUUCCACAAGGGACCGGCUGGGUCGGAGCCUACAGGUGCUCGCGGUGGGCGGCACCUCUGCCCCUGAAAACAUGCAGGCGACGGUGCGGCUGCUGCACGCCGCGGGUGCGCCGCUGGAGGCAGACGCGCUGCUGCAUGCCGUGGACCGCCGGUGCGGGGCCGGGGUGGAGGCGCUGCUGGCGUGCGGCAGGCCGGCGGUGGACACCAGCAGGAGCUGGCUGGCUGUGUUUGGCCGCGACCGGUACAGCUGUCCAGUGCACAGGGUCCUGCAGGGGCUGGCCAUGCAGGCCUCCUGCGGCUUCCCCAUCCUGCCUGAGGAGGAGCGGGAGGCGGUGAGGAUCCUGGAGGCGCUGCUGGCUGCCGGCUUCCGCCCCACAGUGUACCGGCAGGUGGCGCAGGGGCCCUUCCGCCACUCCAGCGACACACGGGUGCGUGCGGAGUUCGACCCCUUCACUGGCGACCCCACUUAUAGCAAGCUUGGCACCAGGCAAGUGGGCGUGGGCGCAGGGCACAGUCCCGCCUGA